AUGAAUGAGACGUCAUCCUCCCUGUGCACGAUCCCUGUCUACCUGAACCUUUGUGCCUCCUCUAAAGUCCUGCUUCUGGUCCCUGGCUUCAGCUUGAACAUCUUUAUCCUGGCCUCCCUGGUGUCUUGUCUGCUCAGCCAGCGAAGCAAGAUCAGGAGCAACGUGGCCAUGUUCAUCCUGGGAAGCACCAGCUGCAACCUGGUCAACCUGAGCCUGUGGCCCAUGACCAUCCACUGGAAGCAGCACGGCCGCUGGCUGCUCGGCUCGCGCUUGUGCGACCUCAUGGUGAGCGCCAAGCACCUGACCAGCUCCGCGUCCUUCCACUACGUCUCCUUCAUCACCUUCUCUAUUUACCUGACGGUGGUUUGUGGCUGCAGGCACCUGGUGAACCGCAGGGCUUUCCUGGCGCUGCAGCUUCUGUUUCCUCUGCUCCCCGUGGGGCUGAAGGAGCUGACCCUGUGGCUCCUGCGCAGCCACGUCCAUCACCUGGAUCCCGUCAACCUCACCUGCUUCUCCUUCAUUAAUGAUGAAGCCAUGAGGGUCCUUUUAAUGGUGAAGACGGUCGUGUUCGUGCCAUUAGGCUUGUAUUUCUACGCUCACAUUCUACACACCAUCGUGCAGAGUGCUCGGCUGAUGCACAGGAGCCAGAGAGGAAACGUGCAGCUGGCCAAAGUGUUCAGCCUCAUAUCCCUCAUCACCUUCACAGCACACGUACCUGGUGCCGUGUUUGCGCUGAUGGAUCACUCGUCAGUGUGUCAGGAGACGGUCCGAGACUUGCUGCUGGACCUGCCUUUACUCUCCAGCCCCAUAAUCCUGCUGUGUAUGAACAAAGAGCUGAGGAACCAGAGUCUGCUGCUGCUGCGGCGCUACCCCACCAGCCACCACAUGGAAAAAAAAUCUAUCAGCAAAACAGAAGAGCAGCACAAGAACCUGACUUCUGGAGAAACUGACGUGACUCAACCCUAAUCCAUAACAUUUUCAUUAACAAGUCACACUUUUAAUUAUAUACUAAGAAUAUAUGUUUAUGUCUGAAAAGAUUUAUUGUCAUUUCUGUGGAUAUAUGUGGAAGCAGAA